UUACUACACAGCAGCAAUUCGAUGAUGCCAUACAGACCGCAGCUUUCAAAGGGAAUAUUCCAAAUUUCCAGCGGCUUAUGGCAGGGGAUGUUGGAGACUUUGCUCCAGAAAUCAGGCCUGAUCCCCUUCAAAUAAGCCCUCGCGGGAGGCAAGAUGAGGAGAGCAAAGCUGCUAUUGCAAAGCUGCACCGACAUAAACGAGGAAAAAGGUUUCUUUAGCAAUGCGCUCGCGGCUGCUAUUGCAAGUGAGAAGCUGUCAAUAGUACAGCUAGUUCUUGAUGCUGGAGCUAAUAUCAAGCUUCGAGGACGAUACGGCUUUCCUCUUCGCGCAGCUGUCAUCAUCAACAAUUUUGAAAUCACUAAAUGUCUGCUUGAGAAGGGUACAGAUCCAAACGAAGAAGAUCAUGAGCUGGGAGAUGCCCUUCAGGCUGCUGCAAGCCGGGGCAACAUAGAGAUAAUGUCGCUCCUUCUUGCUUACAAAGCUGAUGUUCAAGGUCUCGUGGGAGAUACCACAGUGCUCUGGGAGCUGCGUUGCACGCUGGGCAUCAGAGCAUACAGAAAUGAAUCCGCCAAAACUUCAGUUUGCAGAUUGCUUAUAAAAGUUAAAAUAAAAGUGGUUAACGGCCAGGGUAGGUUAGAUGCUUUCUACCCUGACAAGUAG